AUGGCGCCAACGAACAACAAUUCCCCCAUCGGCAAACUAGGAGACGAUCUCAUCGCAGAAAUUCUCAUUCGUCUUCCGAGCGUUAGAUCAGCCUUCCGAUGCAAAUCCGUCUCCCAGCGAUGGAACUCGCUCAUCUCAACUCCCUGCUUCUCCCGCCAUUUCGAUUCUCGCCUCCACAUGAUCGGUCACGCCGGCGAACCCGAACAGCCGAUUCUAACUCCCUCCAAACUCCGGGAAUCGCUCUUGGAAUUCCUUCCCUUGACCGGAUUCAGCCGAAACCAUCUCGCCAUUUUGGAUUGCUGCAAGGAGUUGCUCUUACUCGGGUUCCCGACCGCCGGAUUGGGCUCAAAUAUUUUGGUCUGCAAUCCGUUUACAGAGCAGUGGCUCGUCCUUCCCCCUCGAACUUGGCCGACACUCCCUGGUCGCUAUUUCGCAAGAACAAGAUUAGUAUGCGAGCCCUGUAAACCGAUUGCCCUACUGGAUCCGAACAGCGGCGCAGAAGAAGAAGCAUCAUCCACGCAGCAUCAUUGCGAGUACCGAUUCCGCGUGGUGCGCCUGGGUUUGCCCACAAUAUUGGACUUGUUCUGUUCGGAAUCCGGUGAAUGGAUGAACGUGGGUCUCGAACUUUCGGGCCAAUUUUGUCUAGAUAAGGAACUAGGACGGAGUUGUAUGACUACUUCCGUCGAUGGGGAGUUGUAUUGGAUCAAUUUGGAGAGGACGAUUGUUGGGUGGAAUCCUUUCCGUCCGUACGAUCCACCGCGUUCGAUUGCGAUUCUUCCCCGUGCGUUCUACCAGGGCUCCCUCCUCUCGUUCUCGCAAGGUGCGCUGCACAUGAUUCACAUGUCCUGCCCAAGUUUUUUGGGCGAAUUAAGUGUUUGGAGACUCGAAGAAGAAGAAGAAGAAGAAGAAGAAGGUGGUAACCGCUGGAGAGAACUUUAUCGAGCUUCAUGGGGAAAAUUAUUGGAGCGUGGGAUAUGCAGCAGUGUAGUUGGCCACCACGCGGAGAAGUCAGAAAUCGUCUUUUUAGAAUGUUUUGGUCCUGCUUCUAUCGUCUCUUGCAACUUUAGGACGAAAGAGAUACAGAUUCUAUUUGACCAAGGAGAGCUUCAAUGUGGUUCAACGAUGAUAUUCCAGCCCAGAGUCCAUUUUUGGACGCCUCAAUCAAGAAGUCGAUGGAGUAAAUGCCUAAAUGGAGGAGGAAAUCGUGAUAACUACAUUUUCUAA